AUGACAGAUGUCUAUCACCACGACCAGGAGGAAUCGGAGUCUCUUAUUUCGAAGUAUCUCGGAUCGGACAGCGAGGAGUCGUCUGAGGAUACCAGUCGCGCCACUCCCGAAGAGCAAGCCCAUCAAGUCAUCAAUAAAAGUGUAGAGGCCAUCGCAGAAUCCAUCGAAACGGGAAGAUGGGAUAUCAUAUAUUCCUCCUUUUCAACCCUCAGCGACUCCUUUGGAAAGUACCAUCGCAUGCUGCGCGGCGAGAUGCCCAGAAAUUGGCUUCUAGCCAUGCAUCGUGUUUUGGAAACCUUUGCUGAAUGCUCAUCAAGCGGAGCAUCCACCAUAGCGAGAUCUAACCGGAAGUAUUUCAACGCGCUUAAGACGUUUCUUGAAGACGAGAAGAACCGGCCUGUGGUCUCUUAUGUGCGUGCUGAGUAUGAUGCAUAUCUAAAGAAGCAGCUAGAAGAUGCCUCAGAGGCUCAGGCAGUAGGGGCGAUGGUCCCCAUGGUGGAGAUAAAAAGGGAUGACGGACUGAACGUAGCAAGGAUACUGAGCUUCUUCCGAAUAUCUUUUGAGUCUGAGGAUGAGCAUCUGGCCAUUGUUCAAGAUGAAGUGGCUGCACCAAAUGCACAGGAAGCCACUACUUUGACCAUUUCAGGCCAUGAGAUUUUCAAAGUGGCGACUCUGCACAUAAACAAGCAUAAUUUCUCCCAGUUGCAUGCACACCUUCUUCGUUCUGAUUCUCCCCGGCAUAUCUUACAUGCAUACGUCCUAUUUCUCGAGAGAUUGGCUGCAAGCGGGUGUGUGGACUACCCCUCCGAUGUGCAGGCAUGCCUAAGGUGCAUCCUUGCGCUUUUGCAGCAGAAUGACAACAAGAGCUUGCUGGGACAGACGUAUGAUAGCACUGCUCAGGAGCCGAGCUUGUCCACACCAUUUAUUACUAGACUCCUGACGGGACUGUCCAGCCUGAGUAAUCUAUAUGAGCUGAAGGACGUAAUAUACUACAUUUACUUGUCUGUUUUCAUAUCUUAUUAUUCCACCAAUGGGAAACUAGAGUCCGCCAUAUUUCGCACUGUGGCCAACUACGCUAAGAAUCUGUUGCGCGAUGGAUGCUCUGCCACUGUGCGCUAUGGGGAUGUUCUCAGUACCUGUUCCAAUGCUUCUAAGUCCGCAUCUGUUGACCCUCUGACCCUGGUGCCCACAUGCAGCGACGAUGUUGCGCCUGUCCCCCAAAGUAGUGAGCUGUUGAGGGCAGAGUUUACCAGAACCUUCCCAGAGGCUUCUAAGAUCUUCACUACUUAUCUGGCUGGGCACGUGUUCUUUAGGUCCAAGUAUCUAUAUUUGCUUUACGUAGCAGGAACCCAACGUCCAGGCUCUCUUGCUGGCAAUGCAGCUAUUCCCUUGCCGGAGAUCACCGAGGAGGUUACCCGUAAAGCCCCACGAGAGGGAGUUUCGUUUCCGUUCACUAAAGAGGCUAUUAGUGAAGAUCGAGGCAUUUCAGAGAGCGGAGACAAGUACGACGAGGUUAUGGAGAGGAGGCAUUGGCAGCUAUCGUAUGUUAGGCUGGCCAUCGCUUGCUCCCUCGAUAACGAGCUGUCACCGUACACAUAUGACCUCUUCAUGUCUGAGCAAGAGCGUACCGUGGAGGACGCGAGGAAAGUGCGCGAUUCUCGUCACACCGACGAAGUCAGUCUCCUGGCACUCAAUCAUACUGACAUAGACUACAUCUUUCUGCGCUUGCACUACUGCAUUGGAAUCAAGGCAUUCGCCAAUGGCCGGAUGCAUCAGGCCUCAACGCAUCUCCUUUUGAUCAGCAGUCUUUUCAAGGGCGAGCGCCAGACGAUAUCCCCUUUUCUACCCUCUGUGCACGCCUUCGAAGCGGAGAGCAUCGUAUCGUGGCUAGACAGCGACCUGAUAGAGGCCGCCUGCCUUCUAUCUACGCUCUGUAGUAAGUUCGCUCUACUUCAUAACCGGGCACACACAGUGGCUAACCAGCACCUGACCCCUCUUCAGAGGCUAGUUUUACAGAAGAUUCUGCAGCUCGUUGACGUCGGUCGCCAAGUUAACGCCACUCCAUAUGAGUACGCUAUUGCUCUUGCGUUCAAGUGCUUAUCGCACAACAACCAUGACGGGGCCAUAAGCGCAAUCAUCACAUGCCCCACGUGGCGCUGUUUAAGGUACUACAAUACACAUUAUGAAAGGUGCUUAGAGGAAGCCAUAAAGGUCUUGUCACUAAAGUUUUGGAUAAUGAACUAUCAUGCAGUGGUAUCUUCAAUCUAUCUAAUUGACCUUGCAAAGACCUACGGGCUCUCAGAGGAUAAGAUCAAGACCUGUCUCAGGGGCGUGUCCAAUAUUCAUAUCAAGGAGGACAUUGUAGAGUUCCGCAUUCAGUAA